AUGCCCUUGGGUCCAUUCGACCGUCGGACCAAAAGGUCUCGCUGCGUUGCGUGCGCCACAAGUCACUCUAAGUUCCAGUGCUCUGGCUUGAGUCCUUGCACAAGAUGUCGGAAGCGGGGAGUCGAAUGCCUCUUUCCAGGGUCGCCGCCUGAAGCCAAGGGUGCCAUCAUCAAGCUGGAGAGAGGGAGGAUCCACACGCCCAAAGACUUUCGGCCUCCGGCAGCGGUGCACCCUCGAAAGCCCAUUCCAGAUGUCACGUUCGGUUAUUUGUUCUACUUCGACAUGUUUGUACGAACGAACAGUUUCACUGGACGAGAGCCAUCUUUCAUUUCCGACGUCCAACGCUUGAUAAAGUCCUCUAGUGAUUCGGCCUUACAUCCGAGUCGCUCGCUGUUCGAUGCCAUGCUUGCACUCGGCGCCAUGCAAGCCCACUCCCUGGGCGCUAUGGCACAUAAUGAUAACUUUAGAUUCGCCUUGCGAUCAUAUCAACAAUCUCUGCAUGAACUGCGCAAUACAGUCUCCAACUUCUCUCCGGCGAAGAGAGACUCCAUAGCCUGGUCCACUUUCUUUCUCGGCUUAUUCGAGCUGCUGCAAGACGCCUCUGGACAAAAGUGGCUUCAGCACAUGGUCUUCGGCACAGCGCAGGCCCUUGUCGCUAGCGGUCCUGCGGCGUGUAGAUCGGGCACGAUGAGAACGUUCUUCAUCCAGGCGCGCACGUUCGAAGCAUGCAGGUCAAUCAUUUUCAAUCAGCCCAGUUUCCUAGCACAUCCAGACUGGAUCGGCUUGACAGGCGAUCUCACGACCGAUUUGGAUGAAAUCCUCAAGUUGGUAGUACUAAGUUCUAGUCUGCGUGUUCGGACGGCCGAAUUCACAAGCAAGGCGUUUCCAGCUCAGGCAACGUCGGACGUCCAUCUGAGCGAAGGCCUGGAGUUGGCAACCGAGGGCUUCAGCUUACGAGAAGCACUUGAAUCCUGGGAGUUUACUACAUCGUUUCUUCCGGACGCAGCAGACGAGAGGUUGUUGUCAACUGCAUACCACUCGGCCACCAGCAUCUAUCUGUCAGGGAAUUACGAUUAUGACCUGGCACAGUGGCAGGAGCUUGGCGUUGCGGUGCCAAUAUUGAGUGCAAGGCGGAUUGAAGAGCAUUUUGACGCCAUCGUGGCGACAGUCAAAGAGGCUUUGAAGGGAUCUAGUCUGUCGCCGUUGCUAUUCUUGUUUCCACUGAGGGUUGCCGGGGCACGCGCGAAGAAUUACCAGCAGCGAGAGGCUGUCGUGGACCUUCUGCGAAGCGUUCGACGUAGUUUUAUCGUGGCGGAUGCGAUGCUGGAGGAGCUGAGAGAAUUGUGGACUAGGACUUCUGGCUAA